UGACGCGCUUCUAGUUUGGUCCAGAACUCCCGAUCUAUUGGUCGUCGUGCAAUUCAACGGAAACAGAAGCAAAAUCAUGUUCAGACUAUUGAUACCAUGCCUGUUGUGGCUGUCAAUGGUGCGCUCGGAGACCGGGAUGCACAUGGACAUGCCGGUCGAGUCGCUGGACAAAACAUCGGACGCUUCAAUGCUGAAGGCAAAGAGAGAUUCCAUCCACCAACCUUGCGAACCCAUUCACCAACCGCUCUAUCCGCAUGUUCCCGCUUACUCACCACCAGUCUACAUUAAGCCCGUGGUCCAACCGGCCUACUUGAAGAAAGAGCUGGGUAUAGCACCCUUAGCUCACCUGCAAUACAUCCAACAGUCUCACGCCUAUCCCUCUGUGGUACAGAAGCCGACCAUCACGUACGUGAAACCGGCGACUCCCGUGGUAAAUUACCAUGCGCAGCAUCAAUACAUCAAACCCGUAAUGCCCAUCUACCAGAGCCCCAUCGCGCCGUCCUACGCGCCGAUUUACCAGAAACCGCUGAAUUACGCACCCACGUAUCAGAGCCCUAUAUACCAAGAUGUGAUGCCGAAGAUCGUCUUUAAGAAGUACGAGGCACCCGCUGCCCAGAUACUGUACCAGAAACCGCUGGUCCAUGCGCCCGCCAUUCAGUACGCGCCGCCGAAAGUGGUGCACGUGCAGGAACCGCAGGUGUCCUACGUGAAACCUGUGGUUCAUGCACCAUCAUCUGUGUACGUCCCGCAGCCGGAUCACGAUUCCAUUAUAGUUAAACCUCAUUGUGCGUAGAACACUUGAUCGAACGAUCGAUACUGAUAUCUCAAGCUGCGCAAAAUGAGAACAUUUCUAAAUGCGCUUAAGAUUAAAUGAUCGACUGAUGAUUUCAUGUCGGCUCACAUUGACCAGCGUUUUCUAAAUUGAAAAUAUGAAACUUGUAAAAUGCAAUGGAAAAUUGUAAAUUGUAAAAUUAUAUGUAAGAUGUUAUAUCAGAACAAUGCAACGUGUUCAUAGGAUAAGGAUCAAGAAAUGUUACGAGUUGUCAAAAUGAAAGGAAGCGAAUUGUCAAAACUGACACAAAUUUAAUCUGGAGAAUAUAAUAAAAUUAUUUUUCUUUAUCA